AUGCAGUUGUGUCCCAAGGAGCUUGACAAGCUCGUCAUCUCGCAGCUUGGCCUGCUCGCCCAACGUCGCCUGGCACGCGGUGUCAAGCUGAAUCACGCUGAAGCUACUGCCUUGAUUGCGAACAACCUCCAGGAACUCAUCCGCGAUGGCAACCACACCGUCGCCGACCUCAUGUCGAUUGGCAAGACGAUGCUGGGCCGCCGCCACGUGCAGCCUUCAGUCGUCUCGUCGCUGACCGAGUUGAUGGUCGAGGGCACCUUUCCCACAGGCACCUAUCUGGUCACUGUCCACCAUCCCGUCUCCACCGACGAUGGCGACCUGGCAAAGGCCCUGUAUGGGUCCUUCCUGCCCAUACCCUCCGACGACAUGUUCCCGCUGCCCGACGGGGCCGCAUACGAAGACACCAAGCAGCCGGGCGCCAUCGUGGCUGUCAAGGGCGAGAGCGGGACCAUCAGGCUGAACGAGGGGCGCAAGAGGAUCAGGCUGAGGGUCAAGAGCACGGGAGACCGGCCAAUCCAGGUCGGAUCGCACUACCACUUUAUCGAGACGAAUCCCCAACUACAGUUUGACCGCGUGCGAGCGCAUGGCUACCGACUUGACAUCCCCGCCGGCACCUCGGUUCGCUUUGAGCCGGGCGACACAAGGACCGUCACGCUUGUUCAAAUCGGCGGCAACCAGAUCAUCAAGGGCGGAAACCUCAUUGCGUCUGGCUUCAUCGGCGAUCUGUCCGUCGCCAAUGGCAUUCUGGAGAAGCUGCAGGCUGGAGGAUUCCUCCAUGAGCCCGAACCGAUGGGCGAUGCUGCUCACAUUGACAUGUGCACCAUGGAGCGACAGGCCUACAUUACCAUGUUUGGUCCGACAACUGGCGACCUCGUCAGGCUGGGCGCCACCGACUUGUGGAUCAAGGUUGAAAAAGACAUGACCAAGUAUGGCGACGAAUGCGCAUUUGGAGGAGGAAAGACGCUGCGAGAGGGCAUGGGCCAGGCUGGAGGCCGAUCAGACAAGGAGUCGUUGGAUACCGUCAUUACAAAUGCUCUGAUUGUCGACUGGUCUGGAAUCUACAAGGCUGAUAUUGGAAUCAAGGACGGCAUGAUUAUUGGCAUUGGCAAAGCAGGCAAUCCCGAUGUCAUGGACGGCGUGGACCCCAACUUGGUUGUUGGCGCCUGCACCGAUGUCAUAGCCGGCGAACACAAGAUUAUCACGGCGGGUGGUUUUGACACGCACAUUCACCUCAUCUGCCCACAGCAAGCAUACGAGGCUAUAGCAUCGGGUAUCACUACUAUGCUCGGCGGUGGCACGGGGCCCAGCACUGGUUCGAACGCGACAACAUGUACGCCUGGCAAGACACACAUCAAGCAGAUGCUGCAAGCGAUUGACCAACUGCCUCUCAAUUACGGCAUCACGGGCAAGGGCAAUGAUGCAGAACUUCGACCACUGCAGCAACAGGCGGAAGCUGGUGUCUGCGGUCUCAAGUUGCACGAGGACUGGGGGACCACGCCCGCCGCCAUUGACGCUUGUUUGACCGUUUGCGACGAGUACGAUAUUCAGACGCUCAUUCACACGGAUACACUGAAUGAAUCUGGCUUUGUCGAGUCGACUAUUGCCGCUUUCAAGGACCGAACCAUUCACACAUACCACACCGAGGGUGCUGGCGGAGGCCACGCUCCUGAUAUCAUCAGCGUAGUCGAGCACGACAACGUCCUGCCAUCCUCGACCAAUCCUACCAGACCAUAUACCCGCAACACUCUGGACGAGCAUCUUGACAUGCUUAUGGUAUGUCACCAUCUAUCCCGCAAUAUUCCCGAAGAUGUCGCCUUUGCCGAGUCGCGUAUCCGUGCCGAAACCAUUGCCGCAGAAGACGUUCUUCAUGACCUUGGCGCCAUCUCCAUGAUGUCGUCCGAUUCACAGGCCAUGGGUCGCUGUGGCGAAGUCAUCCUCCGCACAUGGAACACGGCACACAAGAACAAGGUGCAGCGCGGUACUCUCAAGGAAGACGAAGGCACUGAUGCCGACAACUUCCGCGUCAAGCGAUACAUUAGCAAGUACACUAUCAACGCCGCCAUUGCCCAGGGCAUGAGCCACCUCAUUGGUAGUGUCGAAGUCGGCAAACUCGCCGACCUCGUUCUCUGGACUCCAGCCAAUUUUGGCGUAAAGCCAAGUUUGGUCAUCAAGAGCGGAUUCUGCUCAUACGCUCAAAUGUAUAUGAAUCGACUAACACACGUCCAGGGCGACCCCAACGCCUCGAUCCCUACCGUCGAGCCCGUCAUCAUGCGCCCCAUGUUUGCGCCUCUAGUCCCCGCAUCCAGCAUCACAUUUGUCUCGCAAGCAUCCAUUGCAUCGGGCGUCGUGCAAUCGUAUGGCCUGCGCAAGCGCGUCGAGGCCGUCAAGAAUUGCCGCAAAAUCGGCAAGCGAGACAUGAAGUUCAACGACACAAAGCCGAAAAUGAGAGUCGAUCCUGAGCGGUAUACCGUCGAGGCGGAUGGAGAGGUGUGUGCGGCUGAGCCGGCGGAAACACUGCCUCUUACGCAGGCUUAUUUUGUGUAUUAA